AUUCCCGGAUCCACGGCGCUGCUCCCUCAGCCGGAUCAGCUCCUGGUCAAGCGCAAACCUCCAUCACAUGACACCCAAUCAUGGCUUUAUUUCCGCGUUCACUCAGCCUGCCAUUCUGAACCUUUCUCCCCUCUCCGUUUGUGUUUGCCUCCGCUGUCGGAGGAGUUGGGAUCUCUCACCGACACCCCUCCCCCCGCCUGCCUUACGGGAAGAACCAGCAGCUCAAACGCGCCUGCUCCCGAAGUGGGGAGUUUAUCAGUAAUAUCAUGCUCACCCGGGUGAAAUCAGCGGUCGCCAAUUUGAUGGGAGGCAUUAUGCCUGGAAACUCCAGUGCUGAACAUACCAAUGGGACUGAGUUGCCGAUGAAAUUCCCAUAUAGCAGGCCAGAAUUCCUCGGACUGUCUCAGGAUGAGAUCGAGUGCUCUGCGGAUCACAUCGCCAGACCAAUCCUCACAGUGAAAGAAAACCAAACGCUGCCUUGGGCUACCGGCUAUGCAGAGGUGAUUAAUGCAGGGAAGAGCACGCACAAUGAAGAUCAGGGCUCCUGUGAGGUGGUGACAGUGAAGAAGAAAGCAAGUGCUCCGAUCACACCAAGUAAGAAUUCUGCUGUCAAACGGAGGUCUUCGUUACCAAAUGGGGAAGGGUUACAGCUUAAAGACAACUCAGAGUCAGAGGGGAUAACAUUUAACUACUGGGCACUUUUUGAUGGGCAUGCAGGAGCUGGUGCUGCCAUCGUGGCCUCCAAGCUCCUCCACCACAAGAUAGCAGAGCAUCUUCAGGAGGUGACUGGUGUGCUGCGCAACACAGCAGUCCUGCCCCCUACCUGCCUCACCGAUGAGCCCGAAGUGGUGAGCCAUGCAAGGACAUUAACCAGGGCUGCCUCGCUGCGUGGAUCAAUGGGGACCCCGGGGUCACCAAACAGCCCUCCGACACGCUUCUUUAUCGAGAAGAAAAUUGCACACGAGGGCUUGGUUAUUGGAGCAAUUGAAAAUGCUUUUAAAGAAAUGGACAUCCAGAUCGAACGAGAGCGAAGCGUGUACAAUAUCUCGGGUGGCUGCACUUCCUUGGUUGUGGUGUUUCUGAUGGGGAAGCUUUAUGUUGCCAAUGCUGGCGAUAGCAGGGCCAUUAUUAUUCGUAAUAAGGAAAUCAUUCCAAUGUCCUCAGAGUUUACACCAGAGACUGAAAGACAGCGGCUGCAGUACCUGGCUUAUCUGCAGCCACAUUUACUGGGAAAUGAAUUCACCCACCUGGAGUUUUCCAGAAGAGUGCAGCGUAAGGAACUUGGGAAGAAAAUGCUUUUCAGGGAUUUUUACAUGACCGGCUGGGCGUAUAAAACCAUCGAAGAAGAUGAUCUAAAGUUUCCUUUGGUAUACGGGGAGGGAAAAAAGGCCCGUGUGAUGGCAACUAUCGGUGUGACUCGAGGAUUUGGAGACCAUGAUUUGAAAGUUCAUGAUUCAAAUAUCCACAUAAAGCCCUUUCUCUCAAGCACACCUGAGGUGAGAGUCUAUGACUGCACAGAGCAUGAACAUGGCGCAGAUGAUACACUGGUUCUCGCCACCGACGGCCUGUGGGAUGUUCUGUCAAACAAAGAAGUGGCGGAUGCUAUCACUAGCUUUCUUGCCAACUGCGAUCCUGAUGAUCCACACAGAUACACUUUGGCAGCCCAGGAUCUGGUGAUGAGAGCAAGGGGAGUUCUGAAGGACCGAGGAUGGAGGAUAUCAAAUGACAAGCUUGGUUCAGGCGAUGACAUCUCUGUCUAUGUCAUUCCACUUCUGCAAGGGAAUAAGUGGACAUGAUAAUGAAUACAACCAUUCGAGGUAGCCUUUGUGUUGCUGGCUUCAUAAUGAUAUUGAUGGAAGAUUUCCUUUGUUUUGGUUACUUGUAGCAAAGGUUAUCUAUGCAGUUUUACUACAAAUAGAAAACAAAUGGAAAUCAUUAUGGUGACCAGAAAGUGAGGCAGAAGUACCAGAAAUGAUUCAAGACAGUCUUAUGAAAAGAGAGGAGAUUAAUAAACUGCAAAUCGGCAGAUUCUGUUUUCAGUCCAACUUUCACAAUUCCAUUUCUGUUGUUUAUUUUUUUCCUGCAAUCAAGUAAAUAUCCUGUAUAAAUCUAAAAGUAUAUUUAUCAAAAUCACUAGUCUUUAUGUUAUGAAAAUUUUGAUGUAUAUUUUCUAAGUGCUGUAACAUUGGUGGAGAAGAAAUUCUUUAUUUGCUCUGUGUUUAGCAUUCUUCAUAUAAUCCGUAUGGCAAUCCCUAAUGGAAAGUAAUAUAAUAAUGUAGUAAAUAUUGUUUCAAUUUUUAAGGCUUUGUUUAAAAAUGAGAUGCAUUAGUCAUCAAAGUUGAUUGAAAAGUGAAUCAGAGCACCAACUGUUGUAUAUACAUGUAGGACAAGAUUAUGUGAAACUGCUGGUUAUUUUUGUAAAAUGAUUUUCUUUGAGUAUUAAGUAGAGACUAGUUAACAUUUCCUACAGACUUUCAUAAAUUUGUCUGUUGUAAUUGUCAGCAUAUUGCACUUAUGAUGAAAACAAAUUUGAUUGCACAGUUCUGUUCUUGGGUUCUUCCACUGGUAAUAUAGCUUGGCAAGAGUCAAACUGCUGCAAUAAUCACACACUACUCAUGCCAAUCUCCUACUGAAGCAGCAUUCAUAGAUUAAGGUAUUCUGCAAGAGUCAUGUUCAUCUCAUGGAAGUAUUUCAAGUUUGAUCUAUGCUACUCUGAAAUAAUUCAUAGGUGCCAAGACAAGAUAUUAAUUUUAAAAAUUAAUUUCUCAGACUGAAAUGUGAACCAUUUUUAUUCCAAAGCAAUGUUACAUUCAGCCAUACUUGAUGUUUAUUUCUGUGUUUUAUAAGUACUGUAUAAGGCAGCUGGAUUGAAGAUGUAAACAGCUUCAAGUACUGCGCUGUAUUUGACAUGAAGGUGAACUGUAAAAGGAAGUUGAUGUUGCACUGUACAGUAAUUAAAUUUGCUUCAUGUUUAAA